AUGCCAUUUGAGAUCGCCAUCGACCAAUCCGUUCUCGAUGAUUUGCAGGUGCGUCUGAAUCAAACGCGAUGGCCCGACGAGGUUACCGGUUCAGCGUGGGGCUACGGCAGCAAUCUCGACUACAUGAAAGAACUGGUGGAAUACUGGCGCACCAAUUUCGACUGGCGCGCACAGGAGGAGAAACUCAACGCCUUCCACCACUUCAAAAGCAAGGUCGACGGUCUGGACAUCCAUUUCAUUCACGAACGCGGCGUCGGACCCAGUCCGAUGCCUCUGGUUAUAACCCACGGUUGGCCCAGCUGUUUCUUCGAGAUGACCAAAAUAAUACCGCUGCUGGCCGACCCGGCCAGCCACGGCGGUGACGCGGCAGACGCCUUCGACGUGGUCGCCCCGUCCCUGCCAGGCUUCGGUUUCUCCCAGGCGUCCAACGACCCCGGUAUGCAGGUUCAGAAGGUCGCCGACAUGUGGGCGACACUGAUGACCGAAAACCUGGGUUAUCCUAAAUUCUCGGCGCAGGGUGGCGACAUAGGCUCUGGAGUGACCUCGCGCCUCGGAUAUUCGCACCAUGAGAAAAUGUAUGGCGUCCACCUUACGUCCGUUACCCGGCCCACUCCGUAUCUGGGACCUGGUUCCCGACCGCUCACCGAGGCUGAAGACGCCCUCGUAACGCAACGGGACAGAUGGUUCCUUGACGAGGGCGGUUACAACCACAUCCAGGGCACAAAACCUCAAACCUUGUCCUACGGCCUCAAUGAUUCGCCCGCCGGUCUGGCCGCCUGGAUCAUCGAGAAAUAUCGCACCUGGAGCGACUGCCACGGCGACAUUGAAAGCCGCUACACCAAGGACGAGCUACUCACCAUAGUUACGAUUUACUGGGUAACCAACUCCAUCGGAUCAUCGGUGCGCAUGUACAAGGAAAACCAGAGUUCGCUGUGGACGAUGGCCGAAAAUGAAAAGGUGCCGGCUCCCGCUGGAAUGGCCAUGUUCCCCCAGGAAAUCUCCAGGCCACCACGAGAAUGGGCUGAGCGUUCCUACGACGUACGUCGCUGGCAGGAGAUGCCUCGGGGCGGCCACUUUGCGGCUCUGGAGGAACCCCAACUGUUGGCCCACGAGGUUCGCGAGUUUUUCCGUCCACUUCGCGAUUGA